AUGCACCACAACCAGUCCAUGGAUAAAUAUACGCACUACUAUGAGACCUCCUUUGUCUCACUCCUUCCUACCGACGAACUCCGCAAACUAGUAACGGAUGCCAGCGAAUAUUUGAUGCGUAUGCUAUGUUUUACGGUAAUUGACCACACGAUACCCUCUCUUCCUUUUUUCCCCCCUUACCUCCUCUUCCUCUCUCUGUCGCCUCCCUUGCAAAUAUCUAUGUUACACAUUGAGCCAUCCUCCCAGUACACCAUAUCCUUCUCUCUAUCUCGACGCAUCCUUAAAUUCUCAGCCUUGAAAAGACCAACCAAAAAACCAGAGAAUAGUAACAAUCUCCAAAAGUCCCCAUUACACAUCAUGCAAAACGUUCAAACAAGGGAUACAGCCAGUAUUCAUGUACGUAAUAAAGUGUGGUGUCGCUACUACCCUGCUUUUCCAUCAUACAAUUUCUCCUUCUUAACGCGCCUCCAAACUCUCUCAUAUCAUCCUAUCUCAUCCCAUCCCAUCCCAUCCCAUCCCAUCUCAUUUCACCCUAUUAGCCUUGGGCCAUGCUACAUUGGUCAUGCUGCCAUUACGGCUUUCCCCUCCAGUGAGAUGCUAGCAACUGGGAUAUCGACAGACAGAAAAGUGCUUCACGUUGUCCCAGAAGCCGCUGAAGAGGCCGGAGAUGUCGUCUACGCCAUCCAAUUCAAUCAAAUAAACCCCUAUUCACUGACAGGAGGCAUGAGAGUGAGCGAAGGAGUUGAAUUGAAGAUGGGGUUCAAGACUCGGAUGGGUGUGAAUAUCCCUAAAUCUAGCUCUGGCUUUCGUUCCUCGAAUUACUCUCCAUCGUACGUGGUUCACGCCGUUCGACAAGAUGAGAGGCCGUCCACGAUGAGGCAGGAAGUCGUUCUAGCCCCUCCCAAAGCCGAAGGAAAGGAAAACAUCCGACAAAUUCACGAAGGAAACGGUGCUGAAGGAGGCGAUUAUAGAGCAGUGACCACCAGUUCCUUGCUGCCGUUCUAUCGUAUGCACAGCUCAUAUCUCACUCCUUUGCAUAUCUUGACCCUUAGGUACACUCCUUUAGCAACCAAUCCAGUUCCUCAUGAACUUGGGGCUCCCAAAAGUUUCACAUCAUACGACCGCCCCCUUCCCAAAAAAGGCCAGGGAAAAGCAAUAACCCGUAAAUGGAGAUUCAAGGACACUAAGGACGUAUUCUGCGUCUGUUGUCGCGGAUGUAACCUCGGGAAGAAAUAUCAAGAUAGAUUAUACCUUGACGUAGCCGCGCAUGCAUCUGCUCCUUCUUGUUCAAGGAAUCUCGCAGGAACGACCCUGGCCAUGCCAGAUUUGGGGGAAGCGGGCAGGCUGGGUAGCUGGAGGAAUGCUCGCACAAUUCCUCUCAGAACGAUGAGGAGCUGCAAUAAAAACACCCUCUCUGAACGAAGAAUCUGUCAAGGAUCUGAUUUAGAGCAAGUUUUUAAGAGAGUGGGAUUAUGUUCUGUGGAAUACAAUGAUAUGCUAAAAUACGCUCACAUGGACCUUGCAACCCUGCUGGCUCCUAAGACCAGGUCCAAAUUCGAAUUUAAGUUCGUGUUGGAAGAAGGAAAUCAAUGGCGUGUGGAUAUGGUGUUUACAGGACACUCAGUUGCCAUUUCCAUCGCCCAAACCGGUCAAAUAUCUACUCCAUACACUCUCAGGGAUUGGUCAGACCAAUUGAAAGGGGUACUAAACACCAACAUUAUUGGGCCAAGUUGUGCGACACGUCCUGAUUAUAUGGAAAAGUUAAAAAGAUAUCCAACCAUAACGAAGGUUAAACGCCCAAUGACGCCUAUAUUCGGAGUUUCCGUCGUGAAGAGAAGAGCGAUCCAGGCUCCUCCCCGGCCGUACGUAACUUCUCUCAGGAGUUAA